AGGACGUGGAGCGGCUGGCCAGAAAGUUCAAGCUGGACGACCACGUGACGUCCAGGCUAACGGAGCUGGUCGUGCGACGCCGGGCCACCAAAGAGGAGGACCUAGACCGCCUGGAGCAGCACCUGAGGUAUUGCAAGCGGCCUUCCGCAAUGGCCACCUUGCUCGCGGGGAAGCUCCUCGAGGGUGAGGUGGACGAGCUGCCAGACUUGGAGGAAGCCGAGGCGUUGAUGUCGAAGUACAAGCUUGACGAGGACGCUCGCUCCAAGCUGCGCGAGAUCAUCGAGAAGCGCGCAAGCGACAAGUCGGAGGUCUUGGCGCAGAUCAAAAAGCACCUGGACACGUCCUCUUACCCGUCGUCGAUGCUGUGCAAAAUCGCCAGGCCACUCAUUGAUGGGGAGAAGCUGCAAGACCCUCCGGAGAGGCCCAACAGGCCGCCCCCCAGGGAGAACCCCGCCGCCCGGGACAGCGCCCGCGACGACAGGGGCGGCGAGCGGGAGCAGCGGCGGCGGAGCCGCAGCCGGGACAACCGGGACCGGGGCGAGCGGGAGCGGAGAAGCCCCCGGCGGCGGGACGAGGACAAGGACAAGGACAAGGACAGGCGGGACAAGGAUCGAAGACGCAGUCGCAGCCGCAGCCGGAGAUGAGGGCGGGCUUCCAGGAGCUGUCUCUUCGCCGGGUGCGGUGAGCACGCCCGACCGAGUGCGCGCGCGGCUGGGCGGGCGGUGCGUGCCUCGCGUCUCUGUCGUGAGCGUGCCUGGCGCCAUGGCUCUUGAGCGAUCUCCGGGGCAAGUUGGUCGCGAUUCAUCCGCGGUCGUCCUCCCUCUGUCGCCUCUCCUGAGCCUGUCCUUCUCUCCCCCUC